AUGAGCUCAGUUCAUGCUGUUUCAGUCCUUCUCUUGUUUCUGCUCUUGCAUCUGUCUGAUUCUCGUCACCUUGACAACGUUCACAUCAGAGAUUCUCGGUUUUCGCUUAACAAGGAUCAAAAUGGUGUCCCCGGUUUGGCAUAUAAAGAACCGGUUAGAGUUUCUCGGUUUGUGCUUGGCGUAAAGAAGAACCGUCAUCAUCGGGCGCCUCUCUUAUUUGCAGAUUAUCCUAAGCCAUCCACUCGGCCUCCACGCCAUAACUGAAACCUCUCUCUUUUGUUUCUCAACUUUAGAAGUUUUUUUCUGUAUGUGAGAGAGUAAAUAGGUGCUUAACAAUUUUCUUAAUAUGUUUCCAAAUGUGGAAUAUGUUUUUUCGAGUAUAGAUUCAUGUUUUCACAGCUGACAAAAAUCUCAAUCUAUUUUUGGUUUCCC